AUGGCGUCCGUCAUCGUGCAGGCGGUGGUGAUCCUCCUAGACGUCAUCGCCUUCGGCCUAGGCGUGGCUGCCGUGCAAUGCCAGAGCCAGACCACCGUCAGCCCGGACGACACCAAGGAGUACGGCUACCACGUCUACGACUCCGACAUCGCCAUGGGCUACGGCGUCGGCGCACUGCUCCUCCUCGCCGACGCGCAGGUCAUGCUCAUGGUCGCCAGCCGCUGCUUCUGCUGUGGCCGUGGGCUCGAGCCGGGAGGCUCCCGCGCCUGCGCUCUCAUCCCCUUCUUGUUCACAUGGUUCACCGAAGCUGCGUUGGAUCGCUGGGAGCAUCGUCUCUGCCACCACGGACAUGAUUAUCCACUGCACAUGGCUAACCCCAUCCACGGCUUCAUCGCACCAACCAACCAUUGUAGCCUGAUCUAG